UGCUAUAUCACCAGAAGCUGUCAAACUCUUGCAACUGUACCGUAUUAGUAAACUAUUAUUCUGUCAACUUUAUAACUUUAGAAUCUUAGCGCCUUCCUUUGAGCGUUAAGUAAUGUUAUCAGUACUCUAAAUUACGGCCAGCAUGUAUAACAUAUAUCACAAUUUAACAAUAAUUAAAGAGGAACAUUACUGAUGCAUAAUGGCGGGUGCUUUACUCCCAUUUGAGGAUGUUGAGCGUUUAAAUUCAUCACCCAGAGACUAGUUAUCGCAGCCGUGGCGGGGCUAGACCCAUCGGACAAGAUGGCUACCAUCCAGCAGCACACAACACAGCUGGAGUUCCAUCAGGCGAUGGCAGACUUCAAAGUUAUGUUCCCUACAAUGGACGAUGAUGUGAUCGAAGCUGUUUUGAGAUCCAACCAAGGGGCAGUGGACUCUACGAUUGACCAGCUGUUGGCCAUGAGCAUGGACAACGAAAAUGAGAAAAUCCGCAAAGAACUGGAUCAGAUCGAGAAUGAUCCUCCGCCAGCAAUGUCAUUACCGCUUCCAGAACUAGUAACUCAAUCUCAGCCGCCCAACACCUCCAAUGCUUCAGCUGUUGGAGACAGAGAGCAAGAGAGGAGUGGGGAAGGUGAUGGAGGAGCAAGGGAGGGAGAGAACGCUGGAACCCCCCUCCAUCGACAGAGAGGCUGGGCACCUCCCCUCCUCGGCCCACUUCCUGACGACUUUCUCAGGCUUACACCCGAACCAUUUAAUAAACAGCAGCUGGAGGGAGAGUUAGAAGACGAACGAAUUGCUUUGUUCCUUCAAAACGAAGAAUUUAUGGCAGAGCUCAGAUGGAACAAAGAUUUUCUGUCAAUGUUAGAUAAAGACAGCCCACCUGAAGAGCGCCUUGCCAGCUUUCCGCAGUCACGAUCUACUGAUGAAGAUGCGAUCUUUAAAGAACGGUUACGGAACAUGGGGAAAAUGUCCCGCAAGAAGUUCUCACAGCUUGCACGAGUAUUCACUGGUCGCAAGAAGCGUGGCAGCUCAGCGAAGGCCAUUCUUACGCAAGGCCCUGCGCCGUCCAGGGAUAACCUACUGCUGCAGGAGGAUCAGGACAGCGACGGAACUUAGCUCGCGCCCCACUUAGAGCCAAACACGGUAGGCCGGUCGAAAAUAUUAAAUUUGUCAACCUUACGAUCCCGGUUUCGUUGAAAUGUUAUAUUUUUUUAGAUUGGCAACUUUUAUCAUACUUCGGUCCACAUGGAACCAUUGACCAUUGGAUACUGAUGUAAUUUAAUGAACUUUGUUGAAUUAGCCACUUACAAAGAGUGCAACAGUGUAAAAUUUUAUUCUGUACUUAGUUUCUGUUAUUUAGUUAGGUAGUUGAUGUUCUAUAAAAGAUUCUAUAGCCUACAAUUAAGUUCAAUAAGUUGCCCCAUUAUAGCUGGGUAAACAAAUUGGUGUACGAAACCUCGAUAACAAGUCACCCUUGGUAACAUUUGCCAUUUUCAAAUCCCCUUCAGUUUACUUCCUUAAUCUCGAGUUUUUGCAAAACCUCAAUAAGAAGUCAACCUUGAUAACAUGUCUUAGUUUUAACAUGUCCCAUGAGUUUUGAAUCAAGAUUCUACUUUGAUAGACAAUCCAUAUUUUACAUCAGCGCAUUAUGUCUGUGGCUAAUUCAACUGUGUCCAUUUUGGUCAUAAGCUGUUGACAACUUUAACCCUGGUUACGGAAUGUAUAGUUCAAUUAAUAGUCGAAGGUUGAACAUAUCAAGGUAAGGUUGAUUCGGAACAAGAAUGAUCAGAAUUGAAAAAUGUUAGUGGUGUCGUUUUAAGGAUUUAUGAAGAGUUUUGUGAUUAUCAUCAUUAAGGGCUGUAAAAAUCAACAUGAUUUCUACCACUAUCAAAACUAUAUGUAUGCAAAAAUCAUUUGAUUAUCUCAUCCUAAAAAUAGGAACAAAGAAGUCCUGAUGUUUCAGGGUCUGGAUAUUGUUGAGUUGAAAAUUUUUUUUAAACAAGUUAUUUACUCUGGACACACAGCUGUUUUUAUUUUGUGAUAAAAUUGUCUGUAAUCAUGCAAAUAAUACAAGUUACCAACACUGAGUUUUUAACAAUUAAAACUAAUUUUAGUGAUUAUUAUCUAAUGACAGAAAAGUAGUUUUCCAAAUAAAUUAUUUUUGUUUAUUUAGGCCUUAUAGAACCUGUAAAGUUUUGUAGGUAAGUACCUUGUUAUAUUAGAAUCACAUUUUUUAAAUAUUAAAAGCCAUCCAAUUGUGACCAACUUGCGUAAGACGUGAAAAUGAUAAAAACAGGGUGAGCCAAAACCAUCCAAACCAUCGAAAUACUGCAUUCAAAAUACCUUAACACCUAAAUAAUUUUAAAAAGUCUUUAAGUAAAUAUUUUUUUGUCAUAAAUUUGAAUUAGGACUAGAAAAUUAGGGUGCAAUUGAAAACACUUAUAAAGGAGUAUAGAAAGGUUUUAGUUCAAAAAUAUUUUGUUAAGAUCUUAGUUCAUAAGGCUGAGAAAGUCAAUUUUCAAAUGACUUGAAACUUGUAUAUCAAUAUGUAACACUAAAACGGUGUCAUAUAGUGAUUUUAGUUUUACACAAUAUUUUUGUAAGUAGUAUGUAACAUUUACAAAAAAAUAUCCAAUAGGUAAAUAAAUAUUGAGUCUCUUGAUCUCCGAAGUAACCAAAUAUCACUGCAGAGUUCUCUUGCAUUUACAUAACCAUCUACUAACAUUGUAGUACCGUAUUUAUUUUUAGCUUUUCACAGCCAAAGAUUUUAGUAUUAUACAGUGUAUGUCAUACUAUAUAGCAUAAGAUAUUCUGGAUUGUGUAUGUUAAAAUGUUAGUUUGAAUAGCUGAAAGUGAUAUUUGUAGAUUUUUGACUGGUGCUGGUUUAUAAAAAAUGGAUACUGCAGGAGUACGGUUAUUGUACUUACCAUGCUGUAGGUAAAAAUGAAUCUCGAAACCUUAUCCCUAACCUCAGUUUUUAUAUCAAAUUGCUCUUAGUGGCCAUGUUUUACAACUAGAGAUCUGAGAUUUGAUCUGUAUAAUUUUUCAUACCACUACAUAGAAAUGAUCACCUUGCCACACCUGUAAACAGUACACAAAAUGGCUCAUUUCUGCUUUAUUCAUUCGAAUACAUAUGCUCAAAAUACAUAUGCAAAAGCUAAAUCAGCUGAUUUCACUGUUGGUGUUAGAAACACAAACAUCCAGUAUGCAAAUAACAUAACCUAAAACUGCAAAAGGGAAAGGUAUAUCUACUUUUGUUUACGCUUUUAGCACUUGGUUGAAUCCACAAUAAUUAUUUUCAUGGUGCGAGACAUUCUAGAUUUUUACUAAAAAUGGGUAACCAAAUAACCAAUUAGGCUAGUCAAUUUCCUUGCUAGUGGCAGAUUUUCUAUGGUAAUUAAGAAACAUUUACCUUAAUUUUAUUUUCCAAAUAUCAUAAAUUCACCAUCGGUACUUACGUAUUAUACGGAGGCCACUUAUUUUACAGCGCGCUGCGGCGGUUGGGUUAAGUUGGGUUAUCAUAAAUAUGUUUGUAGAACUUUCCUAGUUUCGUUAUGAAUCGAACUAUACGAGAUGAGUCAUAAAAACUUAUGAUAACCCAACCUAACCUAACCGCCGCAUCACGCUGUAAAAUAAGUGGCCUCCGUAUAAUACGUAAGUACCUCACCAUCUUUCCAUUUGGCGUAUUUGGGUUUAAUUGUGUCGACUUGCAUGUAGUUAGUACUUUUUCAAUUACUGUAUUUAUUAAAUAAAAACUGUAACUUAAUAUUUUACUUUAGAUAAUCAUCCUUUAGAAAACACAUCAAAUAUUAAUUUGUAUCCCAAAGAGUGAGUUAAUAACCUAAUAUUGUCCUUCCACUCAAGUUUUCUAGUAUAGAAUAUUUUCCUCUUUGCUAUAUCUUUUAACCUAAAACGAGUUUUGUAUAUUAUAUUAUGAUUUACCUUUCUUACCAAACAUACCUAUAAUUAUUAGAUUUCCUAUCCAUUGCCAAUGGUAGUUUUUAAAAUGUAUACAUGUAUAGAAUCAACCAAAUGAAUGUGUUACCGUUAAACUUCCAUUGUUAAGUAGAAUUUUUAAUAACUUUUAAUUGAAUCCUAGAUUAGGAAUUAGGAAGAAAUCACUUGAAGAUUUAUUUACCUGUUUUUGCCAGGUAGAACUUUAUAAAAUUUUACUUUCAUUUUGUAAAUGCAAUUGGAAUGAUUUUGUAAUUACUUGAGUUGUAAUGAUCAAAUGUGUGUGUAUUUUUAAAGUACGGUAAGGAAUCUAAAAAGUACUGUACCAGUAAGACACUUCUUUUGUCCAGUUUCGCCUUUUGUAGGUUUUAUCAAGUUAAUUUAAAAACCAACGAUGAAUGGCUCAAAUUUGUGUUUUAAGGCGAUUCAACAAAGAAAAGGCUUAUCUGACUGAUUAGUAUAUGGUAGUUUUGUAAACACAUUGUUAACCAAAGAACGUUUUAGUAGUUUAGUUGUUAUUAUUUUUAAUAAUUUCAGUGGUUUGUUGAAUUGUUUUUAAAACGGAAAUUGUAUAGUGACUGUUUGUAAAUAGAUUGUCCACGUGUUAUUGGUCUUUGGAAUUAAACAUGUUUCACAAGGUUAAACGGUUAAGGAAACAAUUUCUUAUCGAUGGCUGUGCUUUUUUUAACGCUUUGAUUUCCUGAUUUAGCUUGCUGUUUCAUUGAAGGAGGUAGAACUUUUUUGUUUUUGUUGUAACUACAAGUGGAUAUAGUAAUUGACAGAACAAUGAAAGAAUAAAACAUCAAAUGUUCAA